UUCGACUAGCAGCGAGUUAGGGGCAACUGGAAUUUAGAGCGCAACAGUUUCAAUCUGAACAGCAAAGCGAACGGUUCGUUGACGUUCAAAGAAAGAGAGUGAUCGCAUUCUACAUCAAAUAUCGAGAGAAUUUAGAGUGAGAUCCUAAACGCAUUUAGUUAACUUCUACUUGGAGUACAUACAACAUAUAACAUACACUAUGUUGGCACUCUCGAACAUUGCCGAUCUGCGGCUGCAGCAGCAAAUCGCCCAUGAGAUAUAUCGCCAGCAGAUUAUGCAACGUCUACCAGAUCCACUGUGCGGUAUGUUUGCAUCACAUUUUGCAGCAGCUCCUUCGCUGCCACCGCCACCGCCACCUCCGCAACCCUCGCUGCCUGGCGUCUCGGCCAAGCUGGAAAACAAUGAACUGUGGCAACAAUUCCACCACAUUGGCACUGAAAUGAUCAUCACCAAGAGCGGCCGACGCAUGUUUCCCUCGAUGCGUGUCUCGCUUUCUGGCCUCGAGGAGGAGACCAACUAUUGUGUGCUGCUGGAGAUGGUGCCCAUUGGCGACUGUCGCUACAAGUUCUCCGGCUCCCAAUGGGUGCCAGCUGGCGGAGCCGAGCCACAGAGUCCACAGCGCAUGUAUAUGCAUCCGGAUAGUCCAGCUACAGGCAAACACUGGGAGUCACAGUCGCUGCUCUUCAGCAAAGUCAAGUUGACGAACAACACGCUGGAUAACAAUGGACAUAUCGUUUUGGCCAGCAUGCACAAGUAUCAGCCACGUUUGCAUAUCGUACGUGCCGCAGAUCUGUCGCAGCUGCAUUGGGCGCCACAACAGGCCUUUGUCUUCCCCGAGACAGAGUUCAUUGCCGUAACAGCUUAUCAGAAUGAUCGCAUCACCAAGCUGAAGAUCGACAACAAUCCCUUUGCAAAGGGCUUUCGAGAGACCGGGCAAUCACGCUGCAAGCGCAAGCUCAACGAUUCCCCGCCACCUGCUCCGACAAGUGGCUCUGAAGCUGGAGCCAGUGUGGAGCUGACAAUUUCGCCGUCGGCGAAACGUCUGCGUCUAGCCGAACAGCGUCCUCAACCAUCCGCUGCUGGCUUCGUUGUGCCGCCUCAUUAUCUGCUGGAUACACUGGAGACCAAUUGCUAUCUCACAGCGUCAGCACCUCAAACACAUCGCAUUGAUUAUGCCAGCCACAUCGCCAGCUAUCCAAGUUGGGCUUAUGCGCCGCCAUCGCCAGAUACGUCGUGUGCCUCCUCCUCUGUUUCAUCCUCCGCAUCUUCCUCAAGUUGCGACUCAGACACCGAUACCAUUGUGGACGUUGUGGGCAAUGCCACAAGCAAUGCGGAGCCCGAGUCGAUUAGCCAAGUCACCACAGCAGCUGCUCCGCCAAAGCCAAAACGCAGCAGCUUUAGCAUCUUGGACAUAUUAGGCACGACAGUCGCUCCGUCUAGUUAGUUUAGUUGAGUUUAGUUUUGCAGUUUUGCUCCCAUUUCAGCGGUUGCUCCUCACAGUGCCUUAUACACAUUUAAUUAGCGUUUAGUUACCGAGUGUUUAAAUUGUGAUAUUUUGCAGUUCAUUAAGAUUUCCAGGUAUUUACCAUCAGUAUUUAUCUUAAGUAUUUA